UCACGCUCGGCCCCUCUUCCUGUCCCGGGAGGUGACGUCACGCGGAAGGUAUUUAGGACGCUCCGUGUCGCCGGCGACAGUCGGCCGGUCAGCAUGAGGAGCGCGAGGACGCUUCAUCAGUCAGCCGGGGUCAUCGGAGCACCUUUCUCCAGGGGACAGCCUCGCGGGGGGGUGGAGAGGGCACCGGACCUGAUCCGAGCCGCGGGACUCCUCACCAGACUGCGCGAGCAAGGCUGUGCAGUGAAGGAUUAUGGGAAUGUGGUGUUCGAGGACCUGGAGGACGACGAGCCGCCGGGUCUGGUGAAGCGCGUGCGGGCGGUGGGCAGCGCCACCCGGAGGCUGUCUGAGGCGGUGCAGGCUGUGAAGAGGGACGGACACACCACAGUGAUGCUGGGAGGGGACCACAGUCUGGCCAUUGGCUCCAUUCAUGGUCACGCCGCGGCGGUGGGACAUCUGAGCGUCGUCUGGGUCGACGCCCACGCCGACAUCAACACGCCGCUGAGCUCGUACACGGGAAACAUCCACGGACAGUCGAUGUCCUACCUCCUCCACGAGCUGCAGCCCAAGAUGCCUGCCCUGCCCAGCUUCUCGUGGAUCAGACCCUGUGUGUGGGCCAGAGACCUGGUCUACGUGGGCCUGAGGGACGUGGACCCAGCAGAGCACUACAUCCUGAAGCUGCUGGGCGUGAAGGUGUUCUCCAUGAGGGAGGUGGACCAGCUCGGCGUCGCCAGAGUCAUGGAGGAGACCUGCGACUACCUGACGGCCAGAGGGAAGAAACCGAUCCACCUGAGCUACGACAUCGACGCCAUCGACCCGUCAGUGACCCCGGCCACGGGGACCCCUGUAGCGGGGGGGCUGAGCUACAGGGAGGGGGUCUACAUCGCCGAGCACCUCGGUCAGACAGGUCUCCUGUCGGCGGUGGACCUGGUGGAGGUGAAUCCUCUGAGGGGUCAGACGGAGGAGGCGGUCCAGUCCACCGUCAGCACCGCGGUGGACCUGCUGCUCGCCUGCUUCGGACGCCGCCGUGGCGGAAACCACCCGCCGGAGUACCGCCUGCCCGAGCCUUGACGCCGGCCUCUCCUACUGGACCGACGGACACCUGAACGCCUCCUAUCACCUGCGGGAACUGAAGGGACCAUCAGAGAUCAAUAACCUGAGCACCAAGUUCUGAACAAAGAUGUUCAACUUGCAUCAAUUAUCCA